GCAACAUAAAAUAGAAGAUGCGGCUGUUGUGUGUAUUUCUGAACAAAAAGAAGAAAUCAAACAUGAAAAAGAACCUGCAAAAAUCUUACAGGAUUCAAAAGCAUGUGUCAGGAGAGGACGUAUAUAUUAUGCUAAAUUCAUUAACACAAAUGCAAGAACAUGUAAUGAGCCAGUUCCCUACAUAGAUCCAAAAAAAGAGCCAGAAAAUCAGGGUGACUGGUGGGCGUAUAGUAAAGUCCUGGAACGUUCCUUUCAACCACCUUAUGACACUAAGAGCACCCAGAGGAGUGACUUCCAAAAGCCAACAUGUCCAUUGGUUUUGCCAGUCAAACACAGCAGGAUGCAAAAACCUUCUUCUGGAAUAGUUCCACUUGCCUCUCCUGAUGCAUCAGCAGAACUUCAAGGCAAUUUUAUAGAACGCAUCUCUUUUAUACAUCAGUAUGAUGCCAGGAAAACACCCAAUGAGCCCCUCUUGGGAAAGCGACAUGGAGCUUUUGUGCAGACAGAGAUAAAACCAGGGAGCAGGCCAAUAGUACCUAAGGGAACAGAGGUAUUACUGAAUGCUCCAGGGUCAUGCUCAUCAGAACAGACCAGAAAACAGAGAAAGGAAACUCAGCGAAAGCAGAAUGAUCUCACCGGUCUCGGCCGACAAAAUUCCCAAGAGCUGUUAGAAACUAAAAUUCACUUAUCAGAAACAGACGUCAGAGAGACAGCCCAGGCGUGCCUCAGAAAUCCUGGGAGAAAGGAGAUUUCAAGCUUCUUUCACACAACUACAGUAAAUGUUCUUCUCACCAAGCAUGAGCCUUUAAAUAUACCAAUAAAAACUCAAGAUAAAUGA